AUGGGUCAAAUGAAGUGGAGAAUACUACCCUCCAGGUGCUCAUACCUCAAGCUCUUUCAGUUUUUGGUGCUGGCUGGUCUUUUUCACUGUGCUUCAGGCAUCAUCACCCAGGUGACCAAGCCGGUGAAUGAUAACAUGAAAUUAUCCUGUGGUUACAACAUCUCCACGGAUGAACUGAUAAGAGUUCGCAUCUAUUGGCAAAAAAAUAGUGAUAUGGUGGUGACUUUCAUAUCCGGAAAGGAGAAAACGUGGCCCGCGUAUGAGAACCGCACCAACGUGAGCAUCACCAGCGACCCUUUCAUUGUGAUCCUGGGUCUGCGUCCGUCGGACGAGGGCCUAUACUCCUGUAUCAUUCAGAAGCCUGAAAAAAAGGGGACUUACAAGUUGGCACACUUGACUAAGGUGAUGUUAUCGGUCACAGCUGACUUUCCUGUCCCAAGUAUAAAUGACUUUGGAAACCCAACUGCAAACAUCAAAAGAAUAACUUGUUCAACCUCUGGAGGUUUUCCAAAGCCUCACCUCUCCUGGUUGGAAAAGGGAAAAAAAUUAAAUGCCAUCAACACAACAGUUUCCCAAGACCUUCAAACUAAGCUCUAUUCUAUUAGCAGUGAACUGGACUUCAAUGUGACAAACAACUAUCAAUACAACUUCACAUGUCUUGUCAAGUAUGGAAACUUAACAGUAUCAAAGAUCUUCAACUGGGAAAAACCUCAGCCAGCACCCUCUCCUUUUAAUCAGUCCUGGCCCUGGAUCUUAAUCCCAGUGGUUGGGAUUUUUGUGAUCUUUGUUAUUGCAGUAUUUUGUUAUUGUCACCUGUGCAACAGACCUGCUGCAAGAUGUAGAGAGAGAAGAAGGAAUAGGGAGAGUAUGGAAAUGAAAACAAGCUCCCCUGUCAUCUAA